AUGGAGAGGAGAAAGGAGAAGAAGUUACGAGUUGAGAGAAAGCGGUGCAAGUCCCCCAAGAGGGAGGCCGAAAGCAGCAGCGGCGGCGGCGGCGGCAGGGGCAUCCACCGACAUCGCCCGCUCUUCCGAGGGGUCCGCAUGAGGAAAUGGGGGCGAUGGGUGUCGGAGAUCCGGGUCCCCAAGAGCCGCACCAGAAUCUGGCUCGGAUCCUACUCCACCCCCGAGAAGGCGGCUCGAGCCUACGACGCCGCCGUCUACUGCCUCCGCGGAGACCAGGCGCGCUUCAACUUCCCGGAGGAUCGAGGCUUCCACAUCCCCGAGGAGCAGCGCCUGGCGCUGGCCGCCCGCGAGGUGAAGGCCAUCGCCAUGAGGCACGCCUUCUCGGUGCCGCUCGACAGCACGCCCCUCUCAUCCACCAAUGUCGCACCUUCUUCCCAAGAAUCGUCGUCGUCGGCGUCCACCGGUGCUGCGGUUGGUGCAUGCAACGCGAAUGUGCUUACGGCGACGGACGGCGAUUCUUGGUGGGCUUCCCAGGACCCUGAUGGAUUCCUCUUCGUCGAUGCAGCUGCGAUAGAAGAGGUAAUGAGGAUGUUGGAUUUGCUCUAAAACUCCGGCGCCCAUACUUUCUAGGUGCAACUGCGAACACACCCAUGCCCGCGUGGAACGUCGGAGAGAAUCGAUCAUUGCUCUUUUUAUUUAUUUAUUGU